AUGCUCUCGUCCAGUGACUUUGCCUCCGCGUCCUGGGAGCUGGUGGUGCGUGUCGACCAUCCCGAUAAAGAGGAGCAGGAAGAAGUCAGACUCAGAGUGUCUGGAGACCUGCACGUCGGGGGAGUGAUGCUCAAGUUAGUAGAACAGAUCAACCUCGCGCAGGACUGGUCAGACUUCGCCCUCUGGUGGGAACAGAAGCGUUGCUGGCUGCUGAAAACCCACUGGACCCUGGAUAAAUGCGGGGUGCAGGCCGACGCCAGGCUGCUGUUCACCCCGCAGCAUAAAACCCUCCGCCUGCGCCUGCCCAAUGUGAAGACGGUGAGACUGCGGGUCAGCUUCUCCGCCGUGGUGUUCAGAGCCGUCACGGACAUCUGCAGGACCCUGAAUAUCAGAAGAUCGGAAGAAUUGUCCUUACUAAAGCCUUCUGGUGACUAUUUCAAGAAGAAGAAGAAAAAAGACAAGAGUAACAGGGAGCCUGUGAUUGAAGACGUCCUGGACCUGGAGUGUUCCUCGACAAGCUCAGGUUCACCAGUAAGUUCUGGCUUAUACAGUAAGACCAUGACGCCAAUGUAUGACCCCGUCAACGGGACGCCGGCCUCCUCCACCAUGACGUGGUUCAGCGACAGCCCUUUGACGGACCACAACUGCAACAUCCUCGCCUUCAGCCAGCCCCCGCAGUCACCAGAAGUGCUCAGUGACAUGUACCAGCCCUGGACGCUCAUCGAUAAAGCCAAGUUUAACGCAGGUUGGCUGGACUCCUCGCGCUCCCUUAUGGAACAAGGCAUCCAGGAGGACGAGCAGCUACUGUUGCGGUUUAAAUACUACAGUUUCUUCGACUUGAACCCUAAGUACGAUGCUGUCCGAAUAAACCAACUCUACGAGCAAGCGAGGUGGGCCAUCCUCUUAGAGGAAAUUGACUGCACGGAGGAGGAGAUGUUGAUCUUCGCAGCCCUGCAGUAUCACAUUAGCAAACUGUCACUAUCAGCUGAAACACAGGAUUUGACAAGCGAGUGUGAGACUGAUGAAGUCGAAGCGGCGCUGUCGAAUCUGGAAGUGACCCUGGAAGGUGGAAAAGCAGACAACCCUCUGGAGGACAUUACCGAUAUUCCUAAGCUUGCUGACAAUCUCAAGCUGUUUAGGGCCAAGAAGCUGAUGUUAAAGUCUUUCAAACAAUAUUGGUUCGUCUUUAAAGACACAUCCAUAGCCUACUUUAAAAGUAAAGAAGUUGAACAAGGAGAACCAAUAGAAAAACUGAAUCUUAGAGGUUGUGAAGUUGUGCCAGACGUCAAUGUUGCAGGCAGAAAGUUUGGAAUCAAGUUACUAAUCCCUGUUGCUGAUGGAAUGAAUGAAGUCUAUUUGAGAUGUGACCAUGAGAACCAAUACGCCCGGUGGAUGGCCGCCUGCAGCCUGGCCUCCAAGGGCAAGACCAUGGCAGACAGCUCCUACCAGCCAGAGGUCCUCAACAUCCUGUCGUUUCUGAGGAUGAAGAACCGGACCUCGGCGUCUCCGGCAGCUUCUGGUCUCGAGAACAUGGACAUGAACCCCGAAAGCUUUGUAUCACCCCGCUGUGCCAAAAAGCACAAGUCGAAACAGCUGGCAGCCCGGAUCCUGGAAGCCCACCAGAACGUGGCCCAGAUGCCCCUGGUCGAAGCAAAGCUGCGGUUCAUCCAGGCGUGGCAGUCCCUGCCUGAAUUCGGCCUGACGUACUACCUUGUCAGAUUCAAAGGAAGCAAAAAAGAUGACAUUCUGGGAGUUUCUUACAACAGACUGAUCAGAAUUGACGCAGUCACGGGGGUUCCCAUCACAACCUGGAGGUUCACAAAUAUGAAACAGUGGAAUGUCAACUGGGAAAUCAGACAGGUGGCGAUCGAGUUUGACCAAAACGUCUCCAUUGCCUUCACCUGCCUGAGCGCGGACUGCAAAGUGGUGCACGAGUACAUCGGCGGCUACAUUUUCUUGUCCACCCGCUCCAAGGACCAGAACGAGACGCUCGACGAGGACCUGUUCCACAAGCUGACCGGCGGCCAGGACUGA